GCUCAGAGCUGCCAACAGGACAUACUCAGCAACAGGACGUGCUCGGCUUGGUCAGGUUCAUCGUUCUAAAAUCCAAUGGCAGCACACCCUUUGAGAGAGUGGAAAACCGGUCUCUUUGACUGUUUCGAGGACGCGAAUACUUGUUGCUAUGGCUUCUGGUGCUGUCCUUGCCUCGCCUGCACGGUUUCAGGAAGAUUCGGAGAGAACAGUUGCCUCCCCCUAUGCGACUUGUUCAGCCCGGCUGUGUUUGCCCUCUGUGGGAUCCCUCUAUUUGCUCCCCCCGCUACCGCGAGUCUCCGGUCCUCAAUUCGGAGCAGACAUGGGAUCAAGGGCUCUAUCUGUAAAGACAUCGCCAUUUCCUGUUUCUGCGUGUACUGCUCCUGGUGUCAGAUGCAUCGUGAGAUAAAAGACAACAACAAGGACCGCGUGGUCAUCAUCAACAAUCAGCCGGCGCCAGUGGUGAUGAUGGCGCAGCCCCCUAUGGCUGUAAACCAACAUGGGAUCACCGUGACGUCAUACUGAGAUUUGCAGCUUUUCCAUACAAAGUUCUGUCUUGAAGGGAUUUUCUAAAUUCAGAUCAGAUCCUGCUGCUGAUGGUUUUGUUACAGAAUUACUUCAGGGUGAAAGAAUAAUCGAAGGUAUAGAUUAAUAACAUAAUGAUAAAGAUGGGGGCCUCUAUAAUAAUAAAUGAUAGCACUUGAUUUCAUUUUUUUUAUUGUGUCAAAUACAAAUUGAAGAAAUUUUGCAUUCAAAUUCAUAAGGUGGUUUCAGUUCAAUCUGAAAUGUGGAGGUUAAUCAACCCGAUCUGAUCAAUCUGUCGUGGCCGCACAUUUAAAAUAAAAAAGAAUGUAAUUUUUUUUUUUUUGAUUCAUUUUGAAUAAAUUAUUUAUUUUGUUGUUUGUGA